UAUUUUCAGCAUUCAAAAUGAUGCUGCGAAGCCAGGCCAAGAAUGUCGACCUGACUUCACAAGAUUCUCGGCAUCAACAAAAACGAAAGCAGGCUGAGCAAUUGGAUGCUCUAAAGAAUCCAUCGGAACCGGCAGCCAAGAAGCAACACAGCAAGGGUCUCACCGAGCUCCGCGCACACAUCUCUGGAUUUAAAAUCGACUCGGCAAAGCGAGAUCCACUGGGAAAGUCGAGAACGAGUAGACGAGACGUCGAGAACCUUCCACCGCAAAAGUCCAGAUAUGUUGAUCCGUGUCCUCAUUACGAUUACGACCUCGAGGAGGCCGGAAACCCGGACAGUAUCUCGGACUAUGCUCAAGGGAUUUUUGACUACUACAGACACCGAGAAGUUCACUUUCGAGUGAGAAAGUACCUUCACAAACAUCCGGAGGUUGACGUCAAGACUCGUGCUAUCCUCAUUGACUGGAUGGUUGAGAUUCAGGAGACAUUUGAGCUCAACCACGAGACCCUUUACAACGCCGUUAAGCUCACGGAUAUGUACUUGUGCAAGACGAAGAAUGUUGACAAAAACACCAUUCAGAAGCUUGCAUGUGUCGCCAUCUUCAUUGCCGCCAAGUACGAUGAGCGAUCUCCACCACUCGUCGAUGAUCUCAUCUACCUUUCCGGAGAUCGCUUCUCCCGCGAUGAGCUUCUUGCCAUGGAGCGUGAACUCUUCGCCACCGUCGGAUAUGAUCUCGGCUCACCACUGAGCUAUCGGUAUCUUCGCCGCUUCGGUCGUGUCUGUCGUGUCGAUAUGAAGACACUCACCAUGGGACGCUUCAUUCUGGAGACAUCACUGAUGGUCUACGAAUACGCUAUGGUCUCACAAUCCCGUCUUGCCGCCGCCGCUUUCGUCUUGGCCAUGCGUAUGCUCGACAAGAAUAAUGAGUACGAGUGGAAUCCAGUGCUCGAGAAGUAUUCUGGAUUCACUGGAGAGGAGGUGAUGCCACUGGUGGAGCACAUGAACCACAUUCUUCAUUUUUCGAAGGACAAGUGGGCUCAACUCACAUCCGUUCGCCAGAAGUAUUCUCAUGAAGUAUUCUUCCAUGUCGCCUCGAUCCCAAUGCUCCCGGAUACCCUCAAGGUUGUGGAUUCCCACACAUAUGCUCCAGUCCCAAUGCUCUCAUACCCAUAACUAAUCCUAAUUUAUUCCCGUAUUGGAUUCUGAAUCCCCUCUCAACUGUUCACCCACCAAAACUUUCAAACGAUUGACACCUAUGCCUCUUUUGAUAUAUUUUGUAUACGUAUUGCAAUUCUCUUCUGUAUUCCAUUUAACUCCUGUCAUCUCUCACAAAUACACAUACGCAAUUUUGGCCUGAUUUUGUUUUUUGCUUUUAAAAAUCUGAACAUAUUGCAAAAUUUCUACCAAUUUUUAAACACAUUUCGAGCUACGCCAAAAUAAAUUAUUUUUCCGGCAAA